GGAGGCGGAAUAUGGUGAAGUUGGUGAAGGCGUAUUUGAAGGGGAGACGGAAGCCGAGUCGGCAGUCGAAGUGUUCGGUGAGAGAUUGGGGCAAGUUGAAGCGGACGCAGAAAGUGAAGCGGUAGAACAGGUUGAAUCGGAACGUGUCUGUGUUCGCUCCAGUCGAAUUGGAGUCUGAGGCGCUUGCAGAGACUGCAGCACAACCGGAACGGGAACGAUUGGUUGAGCGUGUCGGUGAGAUGGAGGCGGAAUAUGGUGAAGUUGGUGAAGGCGUAUUUGAAGGGGAGACGGAAGCCGAGUCGGCAGUCGAAGUGUUCGGUGAGAGAUUGGGGCAAGUUGAAGCGGACGCAGAAAGUGAAGCGGUAGAACAGGUUGAAUCGGAACGUGUGUCUGUGUUCGCUCCAGUCGAAUUGGAGUCUGAGGCGCUUGCAGAGACUGCAGCACAACCGGAACGGGAACGAUUGGUUGAGCGUGUCGGUGAGAUGGAGGCGGAAUAUGGUGAAGUUGGUGAAGGCGUAUUUGAAGGGGAGACGGAAGCCGAGUCGGCAGUCGAAGUGUUCGGUGAGAGAUUGGGGCAAGUUGAAGCGGACGCAGAAAGUGAAGCGGUAGAACAGGUUGAAUCGGAACGUGUGUCUGUGUUCGCUCCAGUCGAAUUGGAGUCUGAGGCGCUUGCAGAGACUGCAGCACAACCGGAACGGGAACGAUUGGUUGAGCGUGUCGGUGAGAUGGAGGCGGAAUAUGGUGAAGUUGGUGAAGGCGUAUUUGAAGGGGAGACGGAAGCCGAGUCGGCAGUCGAAGUGUUCGGUGAGAGAUUGGGGCAAGUUGAAGCGGACGCAGAAAGUGAAGCGGUAGAACAGGUUGAAUCGGAACGUGUGUCUGUGUUCGCUCCAGUCGAAUUGGAGUCUGAGGCGCUUGCAGAGACUGCAGCACAACCGGAACGGGAACGAUUGGUUGAGCGUGUCGGUGAGAUGGAGGCGGAAUAUGGUGAAGUUGGUGAAGGCGUAUUUGAAGGGGAGACGGAAGCCGAGUCGGCAGUCGAAGUGUUCGGUGAGAGAUUGGGGCAAGUUGAAGCGGACGCAGAAAGUGAAGCGGUAGAACAGGUUGAAUCGGAACGUGUGUCUGUGUUCGCUCCAGUCGAAUUGGAGUCUGAGGCGCUUGCAGAGACUGCAGCACAACCGGAACGGGAACGAUUGGUUGAGCGUGUCGGUGAGAUGGAGGCGGAAUAUGGUGAAGUUGGUGAAGGCGUAUUUGAAGGGGAGACGGAAGCCGAGUCGGCAGUCGAAGUGUUCGGUGAGAGAUUGGGGCAAGUUGAAGCGGACGCAGAAAGUGAAGCGGUAGAACAGGUUGAAUCGGAACGUGUGUCUGUGUUCGCUCCAGUCGAAUUGGAGUCUGAGGCGCUUGCAGAGACUGCAGCACAACCGGAACGGGAACGAUUGGUUGAGCGUGUCGGUGAGAUGGAGGCGGAAUAUGGUGAAGUUGGUGAAGGCGUAUUUGAAGGGGAGACGGAAGCCGAGUCGGCAGUCGAAGUGUUCGGUGAGAGAUUGGGGCAAGUUGAAGCGGACGCAGAAAGUGAAGCGGUAGAACAGGUUGAAUCGGAACGUGUGUCUGUGUUCGCUCCAGUCGAAUUGGAGUCUGAGGCGCUUGCAGAGACUGCAGCACAACCGGAACGGGAACGAUUGGUUGAGCGUGUCGGUGAGAUGGAGGCGGAAUAUGGUGAAGUUGGUGAAGGCGUAUUUGAAGGGGAGACGGAAGCCGAGUCGGCAGUCGAAGUGUUCGGUGAGAGAUUGGGGCAAGUUGAAGCGGACGCAGAAAGUGAAGCGGUAGAACAGGUUGAAUCGGAACGUGUGUCUGUGUUCGCUCCAGUCGAAUUGGAGUCUGAGGCGCUUGCAGAGACUGCAGCACAACCGGAACGGGAACGAUUGGUUGAGCGUGUCGGUGAGAUGGAGGCGGAAUAUGGUGAAGUUGGUGAAGGCGUAUUUGAAGGGGAGACGGAAGCCGAGUCGGCAGUCGAAGUGUUCGGUGAGAGAUUGGGGCAAGUUGAAGCGGACGCAGAAAGUGAAGCGGUAGAACAGGUUGAAUCGGAACGUGUCUGUGUUCGCUCCAGUCGAAUUGGAGUCUGAGGCGCUUGCAGAGACUGCAGCACAACCGGAACGGGAACGAUUGGUUGAGCGUGUCGGUGAGAUGGAGGCGGAAUAUGGUGAAGUUGGUGAAGGCGUAUUUGAAGGGGAGACGGAAGCCGAGUCGGCAGUCGAAGUGUUCGGUGAGAGAUUGGGGCAAGUUGAAGCGGACGCAGAAAGUGAAGCGGUAGAACAGGUUGAAUCGGAACGUGUCUGUGUUCGCUCCAGUCGAAUUGGAGUCUGAGGCGCUUGCAGAGACUGCAGCACAACCGGAACGGGAACGAUUGGUUGAGCGUGUCGGUGAGAUGGAGGCGGAAUAUGGUGAAGUUGGUGAAGGCGUAUUUGAAGGGGAGACGGAAGCCGAGUCGGCAGUCGAAGUGUUCGGUGAGAGAUUGGGGCAAGUUGAAGCGGACGCAGAAAGUGAAGCGGUAGAACAGGUUGAAUCGGAACGUGUGUCUGUGUUCGCUCCAGUCGAAUUGGAGUCUGAGGCGCUUGCAGAGACUGCAGCACAACCGGAACGGGAACGAUUGGUUGAGCGUGUCGGUGAGAUGGAGGCGGAAUAUGGUGAAGUUGGUGAAGGCGUAUUUGAAGGGGAGACGGAAGCCGAGUCGGCAGUCGAAGUGUUCGGUGAGAGAUUGGGGCAAGUUGAAGCGGACGCAGAAAGUGAAGCGGUAGAACAGGUUGAAUCGGAACGUGUGUCUGUGUUCGCUCCAGUCGAAUUGGAGUCUGAGGCGCUUGCAGAGACUGCAGCACAACCGGAACGGGAACGAUUGGUUGAGCGUGUCGGUGAGAUGGAGGCGGAAUAUGGUGAAGUUGGUGAAGGCGUAUUUGAAGGGGAGACGGAAGCCGAGUCGGCAGUCGAAGUGUUCGGUGAGAGAUUGGGGCAAGUUGAAGCGGACGCAGAAAGUGAAGCGGUAGAACAGGUUGAAUCGGAACGUGUGUCUGUGUUCGCUCCAGUCGAAUUGGAGUCUGAGGCGCUUGCAGAGACUGCAGCACAACCGGAACGGGAACGAUUGGUUGAGCGUGUCGGUGAGAUGGAGGCGGAAUAUGGUGAAGUUGGUGAAGGCGUAUUUGAAGGGGAGACGGAAGCCGAGUCGGCAGUCGAAGUGUUCGGUGAGAGAUUGGGGCAAGUUGAAGCGGACGCAGAAAGUGAAGCGGUAGAACAGGUUGAAUCGGAACGUGUGUCUGUGUUCGCUCCAGUCGAAUUGGAGUCUGAGGCGCUUGCAGAGACUGCAGCACAACCGGAACGGGAACGAUUGGUUGAGCGUGUCGGUGAGAUGGAGGCGGAAUAUGGUGAAGUUGGUGAA